AUGGACUCAAUGCUCCUUUAGUCCUUUCGCUUUCUGCGGACUCUUGUCCUUGUCUCUCUCUCUCUCUCUCACAUCGACGCGCGCGCAAUGGAUUGGCACUGAAUCCUCAAGAUUUGAAGAGAAGUUGAUUCUCGGUCAAAGCGAAAAACCCUAAACCUUUCACUCUCAUUACCUCUUGUUGUAGUCAGCUCUUCCACUAUGGUAUCUCCUCCUCCCUGUCUAGUUCCAGGAACUUUCCCUGAACUUCGCAGUGCAAUGAAUGACAUUUCAUCUUGUAGUGCUUGUGGAUUGGAAUCUGAUGCAAGAACUUAUGGCUUGUUGAAUACACCUCAAUUCAAGAAGAGAAGGAUUUCUGUGAAUUCAGAUCCUUCUUCUUCUCAGCUUUUGAGAGAGAUUGAAGCUUCCUUGCCUACUUUACAAUCACAUGAUUAUUUUAUGGAACCUUCUCUGAAGGACUUAACUGCUCUGGAACUGAUGGAUCCUGGUUAUUGCAGCCGAGUUAAGGAUUUAAUGGUUGGAAGGUUUGGCUAUGGAUGUGUUAAGUUUCUUGGGGAGACUGAUGUUAGAUGGCUUGAUUUGGAUGGAAUUGUCAAGUUUGGUAGGCAUGAGGUAGUUGUAUAUCAAGAAGAAAGUGCCAAGCCUGUGGUUGGUCAGGGCCUUAACAAGGCUGCUGUGGUGACUCUAUUACUACAAAUAAAGUCAUCAGAUUUUAAAGAGCAGCAAGUAAAUAAUAUUGUGAAGAAAUUGAGGCUCAGCACCAUGAGACAGGGAGCACGCUUCAUAUCAUAUGACCCAUUGAGUGGUGAAUGGAAAUUCUCAGUUAACCAUUUCAGCAGGUUUGGAUUGAGUGAGGAUGAAGAAGAAGAUAUUGCAAUGGAUGACAUGAAUGCUGUUCAACAGCCUUUGGAGGUGAAUGGUUCUGGUGAGGUUUCUGAUAUUGAUGAAGAAACCUCAGGCAAUCCAAAUGGACCUGUGCUUGCUCAUUCUCUUCCUGCUCAUCUUGGCCUUGAUCCCAUUAAGAUGAGGGAAAUGAGAAUGUUGAUGUUUCCUGUAGAGGAAGAAGAAUCUGAGGAUAUCAAUGGCAUACCUCUGCAGCAAAAACUUUCCUCAGGUAAGGAACACAUUAGACCUUUGCAAUAUUUUACUAAGAGGAUGAACCAUAGAUCCAGUCCACCAGUUGUGAGAAAAACUCCACUAGCUCUGAUUGAGUACAAUCCUAGUAGUUUUGAUUCUAGCUUGCCUGGAACUAUUUUAUUGACCCAACAAAAUAAAGGAAUGCCUCUAAAAGCAACCAAAGUUGAAGGUUUCAAGCUGGACCUGAAACAUCAGACACCAAUUACUGGAAGCCAUUCUCGCAACAUAGUAGAUGCAGCUUUGUUCAUGGGCAGGUCAUUUCGUGUAGGGUGGGGACCAAAUGGCAUGCUUGUUCACACUGGUACUUGUGUAGGUAGUAACGAUCCUCAGAAGAUAUUAUCUUCUGUAAUCAAUUUGGAGAAGGUUGCGAUCGAUAAUGUUGUGAGAGAUGAAAAUAACAAGGUGAGGGAGGAACUUGUUGAUUUGUGUUUUGAUUCUCCAUUAAAUCGUCACAAGGCUAUAAAUUAUGAAACAAAAGAAGUUGAGGUUGGUUCCUUCAAACUCAGGCUUCAAAAACUUGUCACUGAUCGUCUAAUGCUCUCGGAGAUUUGCCGAAGUUAUAUAGGAAUUAUUGAGAAGCAACUUGAGAUUCCUGGUUUAUCUUCCUCUGCUCGUGUGAUUUUGAUGCACCAGGUAAUGGUCUGGGAAUUAAUUAAAGUUCUUUUUUCUGUUAGGGAGAUCAGCGGGCAUUCAAAAUCUGUGGCAGCCGACAAUGAAGAAGACAUGAUGCAUGAUAGGAAGGAAUAUUCUCCAGAAGUUGAUAUGGAAGCACUCCCCUUUAUUCGGAGGGCAGAGUUCAGUUAUUGGUUGCAAGAGAGUGUGUGCCACCGGGUACAGGAUGAAGUAAGCUUAUUAAAUGAGUCUGGUGAUUUAGAGCACAUAUUCUUACUCCUUACUGGACGACAGUUGGAUGCUGCUGUUGAACUGGCUGCUUCUAGAGGAGAUGUGAGAUUGGCUUGUUUGUUGGGUCAGACUGGCGGGUCCACAGUUAAUCGAUCUGACGUUGCACAGCAACUUGAUCUUUGGAAAACUAAAGGGCUGGACUUCAGUUUCAUUGAGAAAGACAGGUUAAGAAUUUAUGAGUUGCUUGCUGGUAAUAUUCAUGCAGCUUUGCAUGAUGUCAAAAUUGACUGGAAAAGGUUUCUAGGGUCAUUAAUGUGGUAUCAGCUGCCACCAGACACUUCAUUGCCGGCUGUUUUCUGCACUUAUCAACACCUGCUCGAUGAUGGGAAGGCCCCGUAUCCUGUUCCGAUCUAUAUUGAUGAAGGCCUGGUGGAAGAGACCAUGAAUUGUAGUGCAGAAGAACGAUUCGAUCUUGCUUAUUAUCUUAUGCUUCUCCAUUCCAGUGAAGAGAGAGAAAAUUUUAGCCUUUUAAAGACCAUGUUCAGUGCCUUCGCGUCAACACAUGAUCCACUUGACUACCAUAUGAUUUGGCAUCAGCGUGCAGUGUUGGAAGCAAUAGGUGCUUUCACUUCUAACGAUCUUCAUGUGCUUGACAUGGGAAUUAUUUCCCAGCUGCUGUGUCUGGGCCAGUGCCAUUGGGCCAUCUAUGUGGUUCUUCACAUGCCCCUCCAUGAUGAUUUUCCAUACCUCCACACUUCUCUUAUUAGGGAGAUCUUGUUCCAGUAUUGUGAAUCUUGGAGUUUGCAAGAUGUGCAGCGUCAGUUUAUUGAGGAUUUGGGUAUUCCAUUGGCAUGGUUGCAUGAGGCUAUGGCAGUUUAUUACAAUUAUUAUGGUGAUCUACCGAAGGCCAUGGAACAUUUUCUUGAAUGUGCAAAUUGGCAGAAAGCUCACUCAAUUUUUGUGACUUCAGUUGCACAUUCAUUGUUCUUAUCAGCCAAACACACCGAGAUAUGGAGACUGGCAACUUUCAUGGAAGAACACAAAUCAGAAAUUGAAGAUUGGGACUUGGGGGCUGGAAUUUAUAUUUCAUUCUAUCUAUUAAGAAAUUCAUUACAAGAAGAUGAUAACACCAUGAGUGAACUGGUUUCUCUAGAGAGCAAAAAUGGUGCUUGUAGGGAAUUCUUUGGUUGCCUGAAUGAGUCAUUGGCAAUUUUGGGUAGUAGAUUACCCAUUGAUGCAAGAGUGGCAUAUUCAAAGAUGGCAGAGGAAAUCUGUAGUUUGCUUCUAUAUGAUAGCGGCGAAGAUGCAACGCGGGAGGUUCAGUUAAGCUGCUUUGACACCCUUUUUACUGCUCCUGUCCCAGAAGACCUCCGAUCUUGUCAUUUACAGAACGCAGUCUCAUUAUUUACCUGUUUUCUUUCAGAAGCAUCUUCAUAGUUUUAUUUUUUGUGUUUUGAUUUUUUUUCCAUCCCCUUUUGUUGUGGGCAUAAUUUUCCUCAAUUUUUUCCCUCUGAAAUAAAUGCAAUGUAUUACAUGAAAAGUCUGCCGUAUCCCAUGGUCUCCUUUCAAGUUCUGCAAAACAUUCUUUGGGACCUAACAUGACUUCAAAAUUGUUUGCAUAUAUAUGGUCUAGCUAGUAUUAAUAAAAUUAUUAUUAUCUGUUGCCUUCUUAGCUCACUUAAAAA